GCUACUGCGCAGGCGCAGAACAAACGGUCGCGCCAAAGAUUGGAGUUUUGAAUGAAAAAAAGGCGAGGACGAAGCUAGCCUUCUUUUGCUCACAUUUCAUCAUAUUUUGUUGCAAUGUAGACAUGGAAGCUACACAAUAUUUGCCGGAGUUGUUGGACUCGAACACAACGCCCUCUGACGACCAGUCUGUGAGCAACCGGAGCGGCGGCAGAAGUUUGAGAGUGGCGGAGAGAGAAAGACGGAAGAAUGACGCCGAGCCCCCGCUCGUUGUGGCUCUCAAGUAUUUCUCUGACGUUGAAGCAGGGACUCCUUGGAUUGGAAACGAUCACAUCGAGAGGAACCUGGUGUUGGUGGAGAAUGUGGCGUUCUCUGAAGGCCUCUCCCCGGAUGCCAUCUCCGUGAUGCUGGAGUUUGCCAUGAGCCCUCGAAUGCGGUCGAGUAUGCGCUCCCGGGUGCUCAAGUGUCUGAUCCCUGCUACGGUGGUGCCUCAGGAGGCCGUUGUUCGAGCCAUAGCUUGGCUGGGUGUCUCUAAAAUAGCCACAAGUUCGCAGGUUUUUUUCAUCAAGUGGGUGUUGACCAUGUUCGACAUGAUGGAUGCAAAGGAUCAACUGAGAGCCGUCUAUGGCUUCAUCUUCAACUUUGUGACGGAUGAAAGUCUGUGCCCCUUCAUCUGCCACCUCUUGUACCUCCUGACCACCAAGCAAAGCGUGCGCGUAUAUCGAGUCCGAAAGCUACUGCAGCUGCAGUCCAAACUAGGAAGACAGCCCUUCCUCUUACACCUGCUCUCUCUUUACAAAGUCUUUUGUCCUGAGCUGGUGACGCUCUCCAUUCCAUCCAGAAUGAGGGGUGGCUUCAGGAAUCACGCCUUGCCAUGGAAAUCUGCGCUGACUUUUGUCCAGAAGAGGAGCGGCAUGCUAGUUGCCCCCGGCAAUGGUCUGACCCCCACAAUUAAGGAUCAGCCCAUCUCAAGAAAAAGGAAACAUUGCCACCUGGAAAUACCUGCGCUAAGUUGUGCACCCCAGAAGGACUCUCAGACAGAGUGGUCGGCCUCUGGCAGGAAGUUGGUCCCCCUGGUGCAUGUCCGCUCCUUUCAGCAGCUUUUGGAGAAUAUUCACCACAUAGAGCUGCCCUCUCAGAUGGGCUCUCUGCUGACCUCCAGCCUGGCUCUGCACUACCUGGACUGCGUGCAGGAAGAGUUGGCCCUCCUCCGCCUCAACUUCUGGCUGGGCUGUGCUCUCCAAGAAGAAUUUUUGUUUUGUCGAGACGUAGGAGCGCCAGAAAAUUCAGACGAGGCUCUGCAGUUUUUGAACAAGCUGCUGUCGGCACAACAAUUUCUCCAGGAAGGGUUUUCUAGCUCUGAGGCUUUUCUCUACAAAUUCCUCAAUGUUUGGGACGGAUGCCUACUGCGGUCACAGAUCUUCGGCCUGCUGAGCAACAUUCCUGUGGUCCCGAGCAUCAAUAUCAAACGGCUUCUCUUUGAGCCCCUCAUGCAGCUCUACUUCACGUCCUCAAUAUUUUUUAAGUGUGGGAUGUUGGAAUGUCUAAACAGUAUGCUGACAAAGUGGCUGACUUGGCACUCGGUGUACGUUCUGGAGGACGACUUGGACAUCAGUCUCAACAGCCACACCUUCAUAAACAUGAGUCUGUCUGGCUACAAGGACUCGGUGAAGGAACUGGUGCACUUUGUGGGCCGCCUGGCGACAGUGGGCCUGCAGGUUGAGAGCUGUCACUCCCUCCUGCUCAACUUCAUCCUGGACUUCUAUGAGACGGUGUGUGACAUGUUCCUGAAGUACGGACUCCCGCUCAUCGUGAUGCCGCCACCCGGGGUUUUCUACCCGGCUCUGCUAGCCACCGACCCAGUCAGCGUAGACCGGCUGGCCUACAUCAUGCACAGGUACAAGGUGAACCUGAAGUCGGCUAAAAGUCAAGAGACACUCGCAGCGCCCUAUCACAUCAGCCGCCACACCUUCCGCGAGUUCAACAACUACUUGGUGGACACGGUCAACUGCCUGUGGAACUCCAAUAUGUUCCCAGGGGGCACGGGCGUGCAGCUGGACCAGGAGCUGUUGCUGAGAAGCAAAGUUCCCCAGUACUGGAACAGCUUCGACCUCGUCCAUCAUCCGGCCUUCAUCAACUACGCUGUCGACUUCCACAUCAAGUGUUGGCCUGAGAGAAAAGUCAUGGAUCUCACUUCUUUAAAGCGUCCCAGUCCAUGGAUCUGGUACCAGGAGUACCUGUUCACGCAGGGUUACCACGGCCUGCAACACUUUGCUCUCACCAACAUCAGCCAGGACAAGACUGCUCUGUCACAGCAGCAGCAAGGAUAGACUUCUCUUUUAGAAAGGACUUGUACAUAACUGUAUCUCAUCAGAUGCUUCUGCAAGUAAGCUUCUGAGUAUCUUUUUACGGACAUAAAUUAUUUGUUCUUUUUAUUCUAGUCCAUGCAUUGACUGCAGCGUUUCAAGUGUUGUCCAACUCUUUGUUGUCGGGAACAAACACUUUCCAUGCCAAUAAAAUCCAGCUGGCAUCUGCAGAAAUGAUAA